AUGGUUUUCCCUGUGGUAUUUCUGAAGCUAGCAGACUGGGUCUUGUACCAGCUGCUGGCCAACUCAUGUUAUAGAGCUGCAAGGAAGAUGAGAAACUACGGGUUUUUUCUAAGGAACCAAACUCUUAGGUCACCACCACAGCAACAAGCUGCUUCUUUGUUCCCUAGUGUUACCAAGUGUGAUGUAGGCAAUAGUAGAAGGUUUGAUACAUUGGUCUGUGAUAUCCAUGGAGUCUUGUUAGGAUCAGACACAUUUUUUCCUUACUUCAUGCUAGUUGCUUUUGAAGGUGGUAGCAUUGUGAGAGCCUUUCUGUUGCUUUUAUCAUGCUCCUUUUUGUGGGUAUUGGACUCAGAGCUCAAGUUGAGGAUUAUGAUUUUUAUUUCCUUUUGUGGGCUUAGGAAGAAGGACAUCGAGAGUGUUGGCAGGGCUGUUUUGCCAAAGUUUUAUCUCGAGAAUCUAAAUCUCCAAGUCUAUGAAGUUUGGUCUAAAACAAGUUCAAGGGUUGUCUUUACAAGUAUACCUAGAGUAAUGGUGGAAGGAUUUCUCCACGAAUACAUGAGUGCUAGUGGUGUUGUAGGCACCGAAUUGCACACUGUUGGGAACCGAUUCACAGGUUUGUUGUCCAGCUCCGGGUUGCUUGUAAAGCAUAAUGCUUUAAAGGAACACUUCGGAGAUAAAAAGCCUGAUGUUGGCCUCGGAAGUUCAAGCCUCCAUGACCAAUACUUUAUCUCCCUUUGCAAGGAAGCCUAUGUGGUGAACAUGGAAGAUGGCAAAAGCAAUCUAAGCAGUUUCAUGCCAAGGGACAAGUACCCGAAGCCUCUUAUAUUUCAUGAUGGGAGGCUAGCUUUCUUGCCAACUCCAUUUGCAACUCUUUCAAUGUUCCUGUGGCUUCCAUUUGGAAUAGUUCUUUCCAUUCUUAGGAUUUUCGUUGGUAUCUGCCUGCCUUACAAGCUAGCUGUUAUCUGCGCUACUCUGAGUGGUGUACAGCUGAAAUUCCAAGGGUGCUUCCCUUCAUCAAAUUCACAACAUAAAAAAGGGGUUCUUUAUGUUUGUACCCAUAGAACUCUUCUGGACCCAGUUUUCCUUAGCACAGCAUUAUGCAAGCCUUUGACUGCAGUUACUUAUAGUCUAAGCAAAAUGUCUGAACUGAUAGCUCCCAUCAAAACAGUUAGGUUGACAAGGGACAGGAAACAAGAUGGAGAAACCAUGCAAAAAUUGCUCAGUGAAGGUGAUUUGGUAGUGUGCCCGGAAGGAACCACAUGCAGAGAGCCUUACUUGUUAAGGUUUAGCUCAUUGUUUGCUGAGCUAGCCGAUGAGAUAGUCCCAGUGGCCAUAAACGCACAUGUAAGCAUGUUUUACGGGACAACUGCAAGUGGGUUAAAAUGCUUGGAUCCUAUCUUCUUUCUGAUGAACCCCAGACCUAGCUACCAUGUUCAAAUCCUUGGGAAGGUGCCUCAAGAGUUUACAUGUGCAGGGGGCAGGUCUAGCUUUGAAGUGGCAAAUUAUAUUCAGAGAAAGCUGGCUGAUGCUCUGGGAUUUGAGUGUACUACCCUUACAAGGAGAGACAAGUACUUGAUGCUAGCAGGCACUGAAGGGGUUGUCCAUGAAAAUAAGAGAAAUUAACAUACCCUUGACAACAGAAUUUAAUUUGCUCACUUUCACCCUAUUGGUAUUCACUUAUUUCAGUUCUUUAAAUUUUUGCCCACCUGUUUUCCAGUCUCCUCUCCAAUCAGCCAAUACAGCUUUUGUAACAGAUCAUAUGGUUCUUUUUUUUUUUUGUCAGAUUAUUACACCAUUGAGUUUCGAAUUUUAUCUCUAUAUAUUAAAUUAUGAUA